UCACGCGUCGGAGAGCCUGAGCUCCCUCUUCUCUCCCCUUUCCUUUUGGCUCGCACCGCCUUCUCUCGCGCGCGAGCCUCCGCCGAAUCGGUGCGCGUUCGGCCUUCGUACACGAGCCGAGAUCGGUGGUUUUAUGGCCGUCGCGCCUCACUACUAGCGGCGGCAGCUCGGCAACCUCGCACCCUUUGCUGCUUCUCGUGAUCAAUUCGUUCGAUCGGCGUAUUCAGUGAACUCGACGGUGAAGGAUUUGGCCGUAGAGCUGAGAGCGGGAGAUAGAACCGCUGCUCGUUCCUCAGACAUCGCAAGAGAAGCGACAUGAAUCCACUGACCUUAGUGAAACGCAUCCAGAAGAUAAACAGCAGAGAAGCGGCCUUGGGGAUAUCGGACGAAGCCUCGUGGCAUGCCAAAUACAAGGACUCUGCUUACGUGUUCGUCGGCGGCAUUCCCUUCGAUCUCACCGAAGGCGAUCUCCUCGCGGUUUUUGCCCAGUACGGAGAGAUCGUCGAUGUAAACCUAGUUAGAGACAAGGGUACUGGUAAAUCAAAAGGCUUUGCAUUCAUUGCAUACGAGGAUCAACGGAGUACAAACCUUGCCGUAGAUAAUCUGAAUGGAGCAUCAGUACUGGGUAGAAUUAUAAGAGUAGACCAUGUCAGCAGCUAUAAGAAGAAGGAAGAAGAGGAUGAGGAGGAAGAGCAGAGAAAGAGGGCAGAACGGGGCGUGUGCCGUGCUUUCCAAAGAGGCGAGUGCACUCGCGGAGCUGGGUGCAAAUUUUCACAUGAUGAGCAAAGAGCUGCUAACACUGGCUGGGGUGCCAAGGAUGAGGAUGGGCAGUGGGGUCAUGACAAGUUUGAUGGUCCAGAAAGGGGAGAGAAAAGGUCUAGGGGUCUCUCACGCAACGGUCUUCCUGAAUCUAGAGCGCGAGAUGGCCAUAAGUCGCGAAGUAUGGAUUCGAGUUUCACUGCUAAGGAGAGGGAGGCAGACCGUGAAGGCGAGGAGCACAGAAAAUCAAGAAGGCACGAUCCUGAUGAUUUUGAACAAAAGUCAAGAGGGAGGUUUGAUAGGAGGGAGGAUAAGAACUUCAGGAGGGACGGGAAUAAUGACAAUGUUGAGCGAGGUAUGAAAGACCGGGACAGGAAAGAAGAAAGGACUAAAAGGUAUGAUGAUGAUCACGAGCCCAGAAGGAGAGAAGAUUACGACAGGAGAGAAGAAAAGAGAUCGAGACGGCAUGAUGACGAUGAUACGAAGCCUAGAUCAAGAGACGAUUAUGAGAGGAAGGAAGAGAGUCGAUCCAAGAAGCACGAAUCAGAUAGUAGGUCAACAUAUGAUAGAGAACUAUCUUCUCGUCAUCGGAGGGAGAGAUGAUUAUUCUCUUAGGGAGGUUAUCAGACAGGCGACUUCCCUUCUAUGAAUGAACCUUGUUCUUGUAGUCUUCUGAGAGUUCUGAGAGAGAUGGAUCCCUAUCCAGUUGCUGUGGAGUGGACGAGGAUUUUUCCUAGUGCUUGCAUUAGCUAAACCAGGAUAUUCGACGGCUCAGUUUAUUCAUAUCAGAAGGCAAAUUUGAUGGAAGAGUCGAGAGAUGAUUACUUGCGCAUAUAAAGAGUUACUGAAUUCUGCA